AUGACUAACUCAUCUAAACCUCAUCAAUUUACUGAUGGCACCGUACCCUUUCCACCUCGAUGCUGUUUCAUCUCCACUGCAACAGUUCCGGAUGAACCCUCUUCUUUCACCUUAGCUUCAAAGUUUCUUGAAUGGCGUCAAGCCAUGUCCCGUGAGUUUGAUGCACUUGUUAACACUAAUACGUGGACUCUCGUUCCACCUUCUUGUGCUUCUAAUUUGAUUGGUUGCAAAUGGGUCUUUAAGACCAAGUUAUGCGCAGACGGCUCCAUUGAAAGGCGAAAGGCCAGGCUCGUCGCAAAGGGGUUUCACCAACAACCAAGAAUUGACUACACGGAGACGUUUAGCCUAGUUGUCAAGCCAUCCACCAUCAGACUUGUUCUUUCCAUCGCCAUUUCUCAUCGAUGGUCACUACGACAAAUCGACAUCUAG